AUGGCUUCAUCCUCUGCGCCUACAGAUGUUCUUAAUGGUGUUCAAUUGUUGAUCACAGCAUCUGAAGCAAUUCUUGGUGCUGCUAGAGCCCUGAGAAUGGAAGAAAAAGAUGGCGAGCUUAAGGUGUUUUAUGCGGACGUCACAGCCUAUUGUGCCAUCGUGAAUUCCAAUUGGAAGCGCGUAAGCAAGGCAGUGUAUGGAGUUGACGCGGAUCUCAUCUAUAGAACUUUAGAUCACCUAGAAUCUGCAAUUGCACCCGACAUUCCCGAUCACUUCCUCCGUGAAGCACUUCCGAGUGCUUCACAUCAUGGGAAACUGCGCGCAUUCAGUCGGUAUUGGGGUGAACGAAGCGACAAUAAUGCGAUCCUCCGAUAUAUCAGAUUUGGAGCGAAUAUGGAAGAACGCGACCAAUUCAUCCAAUUGUUGGCUGAGUGUGAAAAGGAACUUGGAGUACGGUACCCUGAAAACGAAUAUGACUGGACACUCGAAGAACUUCCUACCAACGAAAACGCUGGGCCAUCAUCCUUCGCCGUGUGGAAUGCGGCGCAGUCCAUCUUUGAGGUUCUUGUUGCUUAUAGCAAUUGCGAUUGCAUACCUACUCAUGAGGCUCAGCUUCGUUUAGGUACCCACCGAAAGAACACAAGUGGAGAGGCAAAUAUGGACGAAUGUCUGGACUUCGAUAUGUUUCUUUUCAUGAAACAGGGCUGGAGAGAGACGCAUGUUCUCAUGGCGAAAGAGAUAAAGGAGAGUGUUGUACAAUUUCAGGCCAAUGCCCCAAUAAAAGAGCCCAAAGGAAAGAAAAAUGGAAUGAGGCUAAAACAACUAUGUGAGCCAAUUGGGAGGCUCGAACAUCGACUUAAUCUCAAAGUUACCGGAGGCCAGAUAUUUAAGCUACAAUCCAAAAUGAGCACUUUUCUCAUCGACAGAGCGAGGAGCCCUAUAACGUUGGAGCAGUUUCUUAGGAAAGGAUCACAUCCUUUCACUGAGAAGACAAAACGCAUUCUUGCUGUGAUGCUCAGCUACGCUGUCCUUUAUCUACACGAUACUCAGUGGCUGCAACCCACAUGGAGCUCUUCGCACGUCUUAUUUCUCCCCACAACCUCUUCAUCCAUCCCUUUACAGCCAUUCAUCCAAACUCAUCUGAUAAGUCACUCCAAAUCCGACUGGGAUUCAUGCAUCAGCCCAGAAGUUACCGAACCAGACGGCCUAGAUCCUGAUGAUUUACUAGUACAUCGCUGCCCUCUUCUAGUCACACUAGCGGUGAUGCUCAUGGAACUUUACUUUGCUGUUCCUUUCGAUAUCUUGGCCAAGCAAUACGGUGCGGACCUCACAGAUUAUACUCAAUCACCAAUCUCUACACCGAGGUAUCUAGAUGUCAUUCUAGUGUACGAAGCAUGCAAAGGCGAGAUUCCCGAGAGCUACCAAUUUCACUAUGCUGUGAAGAAGUGCCUAGAUCCCGCAACCUGGGAAGACGAAGACGAAAAUAAAUUGGAUAGCGAGGCACUAGUAUCGAAGAUAUAUCAAGAAGUCGUCAAGCCAUUAGAGACUGAACUAUGUCAAGCUUAUAGCGAAAUCUCUACUAUUAAUCUUGACGAGUUUGCAAAGACCAUUGACAUUGCGAACUGGGGCCCAAUUUUUCGAUAUCGAGAAGUCUACGACAGAUUCAUUCCACAGAGCCCAGCCCCACCCAGCAUCAGGAUUGCCAUUCUUGACACAGGUAUCGAUAUACGGCAUCCGGAUAUUGCUGCACGACUUGAAAAUAUUCAAGACAGGUAUAACUGGAUCAAAGAGGAUGGAAAUAUGGACAGGAGUGUUGUGUUUGAUCAGAGUGGCCAUGGCACGUUCGCGGCGAGCUUGAUUCUCGAUUAUGCGCCUGAUGCUCAGCUUUAUGUUGCCAAAAUAGCUGACAGCGAGCCAUCAACGGCCAGCCUGAUUGCCAAGGCUAUUAAUUAUGCGGUCUCUACCUGGAAAGUAGACAUCAUCUCAAUGUCAUUUGGCUUUCCUGCAUGCGAUAUGUACGAUUAUCAAGAACUUGAAGAUGCCCUUGCAAACGCUCAAGCGAAGCGCGUAUUGCUUUUUGCCGCCGCCUCGAAUAGCGGUGGGAGGCAGGGCCACGCAUACCCAGCUCGUGACCAGAAUGUUAUUGCCAUUCAUGCGACCGAUACAUAUGGUAAUCCGUCGACAUUUAGCCCUACAGCGAUUGGUCACGAUGAUAACUUUGCAACGGUCGGUCAAGCUAUUGAGUCGGCGUGGCCAGUGGAUCUAUGUGAUAAAACAUCCAACCCCCAGUCUCUUCAAUGCAAAUCUGGCACGUCGUUUGCGACACCCAUUGCAGCUGGGAUUGCAGCUUUCCUCUUGAUGUAUGCAAAGAUACACUUUCCAGGUAAAGCUAAUGCGUUGAAGAGUCGGCAGAGGAUGCAAGCGCUGUUGAAGCAAGUGGCCGAGAAAGAGGUGGGACAGACAUUGAGGGGUGGUUAUCAUUUCAUCGAUUUGAGCAUGAAUCCAGAUAGUUUGUUCGGCAAGCCCAAGGAUUUCAUAGAUGCGACGAUCAGGAAUAUUUUGAAUACCUAA